GCAGAAGCUGAGAAACAGAGCACCAUGAGGAGGGCCAUGCUGAUGUUGGUUCUGGUGUUGGUGCAAUGCCUCGCGCUGGGCUGCGGCACGGCAGCGGCGGCCAGGGCGCGGCAGGGCGACCACCUGCGCCGGCUACGCCGGUCGUCGUCGCUGGCGGCCGUGGAGGGGCCGAGCAGGGCGACGGCUAGCAGAAGAUCCAGGCCGGUGCCGGCUGCUGAGGUCGGGCGCAAGGAGGCCGACCGCGUGGAGGCGCUGCCCGGGCAGCCGAGCGGCGUGGACUUCGCGCAGUACGCCGGGUACGUGACGGUGGACGCGCCGGCCGGCCGCGCCCUGUUCUACUACCUCGCCGAGGCCGUCGGCGGCAACGGCAACGGCGACGGGUCGUCGUCCAAGGGCAAGCCCCUCCUCCUCUGGCUCAACGGGGGGCCCGGGUGCUCGUCGCUGGGGUACGGCGCCAUGGAGGAGCUCGGCCCGUUCCGCGUCAUGAGCGACGGCAAGACGCUCUACCGCAACCCCUACUCCUGGAACCACGCGGCGAACGUGCUGUUCUUGGAGAGCCCGGCGGGGGUGGGGUACUCGUACUCGAACACGACGGCGGACUACGACCGGAGCGGGGACAACCGGACGGCGGAGGACGCGUACGCUUUCCUGGUCAAUUGGAUGGAGCGCUUCCCCGAGUACAAGGGCCGCGACUUCUACAUCGCCGGCGAGAGCUACGCCGGCCACUUCGCGCCGCAGCUGGCCCACGCCGUCCUCCGCCACGCCUCCCCGGCCAUCAACCUCAAAGGGGUCAUGAUUGGGAACGCGGUGAUCAACGAGGGGACGGACAAGAAGGGCACGUUCGACUUCUACUGGACGCACGCGCUCAUCUCCGACGAGACGGCCGCCGGCGUCAACCAAAACUGCAACUUCACCAAUGGCGCACAGUCGAAUGAUCUCUGCGAGGAAGCCAACGACGAUGUCGUCCAGAGCCUCCGUGACAUCGACAAUUACAACAUCUACGCGCCAAACUGCCAGACGGAAGGGCUCGUCACGCCGCCUAUCACCCCCUCGAUCGAGAGCUUUGAUACGUGCACAAGUAAUUAUGUAGAGGCCUACCUCAACAAGCCAGAUGUUCAAAAGGCGCUCCACGCAAACGUCACCCGCCUCGACCGCCCCUGGUUAGCUUGCAGCGAGGUCUUCACGCGCUGGGUGGACAGCGCCGCAACUGUUUUGCCCAUCAUCCGGGAGCUGAUGAAAAACAACAUCAAAGUCUGGGUGUACAGCGGAGACACCGACGGGAACGUGCCGGUCACCGCCACCAGAUACUCCAUCAACCAGCUCCAGCUCCCCGUGGCUGCGAAAUGGAGGCCCUGGUUCAGCAGUACCAAGGGUGCCGGAGAGGUGGGCGGAUACGUGGUGCAGUACAAGGGCGGCCUCAGCUUGGUGACGGUGAGAGGAGCUGGCCACGAGGUCCCCAGCUACCAGCCGCAGCGAGCGCUUCAGCUUGUCCAGGCCUUCCUCGCAGGCACAACGCUCCCUGACUGCAAGAAAUGCUACUCUAACACAUAGUUUGAAGCAGCAGCUUCAGUGCUUCACAGAUUGUUAGAUUUUACAGUACAAAAUAGUACUAGUACAAGAAAUAAGCAAAGCCCUGUAAUGUUGGAUACA